UAUUCUAAGAUAGGAAAUUAACCAUUACAGAACUAUCCUAAGUUAGGAAUUUCUUAAGUUAGGCUCCCUAAGUUAGGUGGCCAUACACCCUGUCCUAAGUUCAAAAUAACUGUCAGUAACUGAAAUAACAGAAAAAUGGCAGCAGCACUGCUAGUGGGUCUGCUGUGUGACAAUGAAGACGAGGACGAACAUGACAACAGAAACUUGAUGACUGAAAGGCUACUGAGACCGCAUAAUGACGCGUUACAUUUUCCGGACCAUAUUUUAAUAUCCCUUUAUCGCCUGCCAAGACAGUUAAUUUUGAAUUUGGUGGAAGAAUUACGUCCUGCUCUGGAGAGGCCUACAAGGAGACAUGGAGCCUUGCCAGUGGUUGUGCAGGUAACCAAUGCUCUACGUUUUUUUGCCAAGGGGGACUUCCAGACUGAGGUUGCAAGCCUGUCUUCAGUUUCACAGCCAUGUAUUUCACGCAAUCUCAGGGAGGUCACCAAUGCCAUCUGCAAUCUUGCAACGAAAUACAUUCAGUUUCCUCGUGGAGAAGAGCUACAGCAGAUUAAGGAGGCUUUUUUAAGUCAGAGUGGGAUGCCAGGGGUAAUUGGGCUUAUAGAUGGGUCACUUUUCCCCAUCAAAGCUCCGAGUGGCCCAACUGAGCCGGCUUAUGUGUGCCGUAAGGGAUACCAUGCCAUCAAUGUUCAGGCCAUAGGGGACCAAAAUAUGGUUAUACGGCAUUUGUUGGCAAAGUGGCCUGGAUCCACCCACGACUCUUUCAUAUUCAACACCAGUGAUAUCAAUGCAUACCUGAGUGAGGGCAGGGGAAGUGGAUGGCUUUUGGGGGACUCGGGAUAUCCCUUGAAACCCUACCUAAUGACACCAGUCAUGAACGAGCAAACAGAGGCAGAGAGCAGGUACAAUGUGGCACACAAAAGGUGCCGUAGCCGUCAGGAGAGGCUAUAUGGUAUAUGGAAAGGAAGAUGGAGAUGCCAUGAUAUGAGCGGGGGAUAUCUUCAAUAUUCCCCGGAGAGAGCAGUGAUGUUCGUGAAGGCCACUGCUGUGUUGCACAACAUAUGCAGGAUUGCUAAUCUCCCGGACCCUGAGGACGUCCCGGCCAUGGUUGAAGAUGAGGAGGAAGGCCAUGAUGGCAUACAUGAUGGUGCACAGACUGGUAGAACUGCCAGAAACAACCUGAUUGCACAUUAUUUUAGAUAA